ACUUCUGCAGCACUGUCAGACUGUGAGAUGCACUGCUGUAUGGAUUUAGUCAGCUAUCUGAGCUAUGGUAUCAUCCUUUUAGGAAUAUGGCACUUGUGCCAGGACAAAAGAGUCCAGACCUCUUAUGGGCGCCACAUGAAGCUUUCAACUCAAACUCGGACUAUUCCUGCCAAACUGGCCUGGUUUGUUCAAGGGAUGGCAUGUCUGAUGAUCCUCUUACUGCUGUUGCUUACACAACACAAACCCUCCACCAUGGGCAAGUAUCUGCUGCUUGGGAUGUUUGGGAUCCACUACUUUCACAGGACAUUUAUCUACUCCUUGCUGACCAGAGGACAGGCGUUCCCACUGUGCGUAAUGGUGAGAGGAAGUAUGUUCUGCACCCUGAAUAGUUUCGUGCAGGGACACUACCUACUCCACUGUGCAGAGUUUGAAGACAGAUGGUCCGCUGACUACCGCUUUAAAAUCGGUUGUGUGAUGUUUUAUGUUGGAAUGGCCAUAAACAUCCACAGUGACUUCAUCCUACGGAACCUGAGAAAGUCAGGAGAAGUGCUUUACAAGAUUCCCAGGGGAGGUCUGUUUGAAUAUGUGUCGAGUGCCAACUACUUUGGAGAGAUUGUGGAGUGGUUCGGCUUUGCCAUAGCCACCUGGUCCCUCUCAGCACUCUCGUUUGCGGUGUUUAGCCUGUGUUUUGUCGGACCAAGAGCCUAUUACCAUCACAGGUUUUACAUUGAGAAAUUCAGAGACUAUCCUAAGUCACGAAAGGCCUUGAUUCCAUUCAUUUGUUGAGAUAAAGCACCGCAUCAUCGUUGAAUAACAACAGAGCAGCUCACCUGAUAAGAAAUGAUGAAUCAGCAAUUUAGAUGUUUGUACUUUAACACAAUGCUAAAAUACUCUCGGCCGUGUGAGCAUUGUCUUCUUUAUAAUUUGCAGUUGUUUAAUUAG